AUGCCUCCCGACGCGCCGAAUGUCGCGCAUCGUCCAUCGGUUCGACGACUUUACAUCAAUCGAGAUCAACAGCACAAAUUUCGAAACAAUGUGAUCAGCACAUGCAAGUACAGCAUUCUCUCAUUUUUCCCGCGAUUUCUCUAUGAGCAAUUUCGUCGCUACUCAAACAUUUUCUUUCUUUGCAUUGUUCUGCUUCAGCAAAUUCAUGGAAUUUCACCGACCGGUCGCUACACAACUCUUGUGCCAUUUGUCAUCAUUUUGUCGAUCUCAGCUCUUAAAGAAAUUUUUGAAGAUAUUAAACGUCGAGCUUCAGACACUAAGGUCAACAAUUUUCCAACUUGUGCAUUAAAGGGUGGACAAUUUGAGCAAAUCAAAUGGAAAGAGGUUCGUGUUGGAGAAAUUCUGAGGGUAAACUGCGAUCAAUUAUUUCCCGCCGAUCUCCUUUUACUAACAUCGAGUGAGACACAGGGAAUGGCCUACAUUGAAACGAGUAAUCUUGACGGGGAAACGAAUCUCAAAAUCAAACAGGCUCUACCAAUCACAGCCGAGAUGACCUCGUCAAACGAGGUGCAAAAGCUGAGUGGGGCUGAGAUCGAAUGUGAGCUCCCGUCUAGAAAUGUUAACGAGUUUUCGGGAAAUCUCAUCUAUCAGGAACAGAUUAAACAUUUCGGCAUGGAACAACUUCUGCUUCGUGGUGCUCGUCUAAAGAACACUGGAUGGAUUUAUGGAGCCGUCAUCUAUACUGGACACGAUUCAAAACUUCUAAUGAACAGCAAAAGAGCUCCCUUGAAGAGUGGAACAAUUGAUCGAAUGACAAAUCGACGAAUCAUUGUUCUCUUUGGAGUCCUCGUUACAUUAGCUAUUCUCUCAGCUGCUGGACAAGAGAUUUGGAACGCAAAUAACUGGGAUCAAGCAUGGUAUUUAAACAAAUUGAACAGCAGUCCAGCAAUUCUGUCAUGGUUUCCUUUUGGAAUGAACGCAAUCACUUUUUUCAUUCUCUACAAUAAUCUCAUUCCAAUCUCUCUUCAAGUCACACUCGAGAUGGUGCGAUUCUUUCAGGCUUAUUUCAUUAAUUGGGAUAUUCAAAUGUACGAUGAAAGAACUGAUUCGCGAGCAAUUGCCCGCACUAGCAAUUUGAAUGAAGAAUUGGGAUUGGUAAAAUUUGUGAUGUCCGACAAAACUGGCACUCUGACACGAAAUGUAAUGAAGUUCAAAAGAUGCACAGUUGGAAGCAAAAUGUAUGGCGAGAGUACGGGCGAAGAAUUCCACGAUGAGCAUUUAAUUGAAGAUGCUCGAAAAGAAACUGCUGAAGGGAAAGAUAUCCGCGAACUAUUGACAAUGAUGGCUGUAUGUCAUACGGUUGUCCCUGAGAAGAAAGAUGAUGAGAUUCUCUAUCAAUCCUCAUCUCCCGAUGAAGGAGCACUUGUUCGAGGAGCCGCCUCUCAAAAUGUUGUCUUCCACACACGUCAGCCACAAAAAGUUGUGAUCAAUCUGUUUGAUCGUGAUGUUUCUUUUGAAGUUCUUGAUGUGAUCGAGUUCACAUCUGAUCGAAAGAGAAUGAGUGUCAUCGUUCGCGACGAAAAUAAGAAGAUCAAAUUAUAUUGUAAAGGAGCUGACACAGCAAUUUUCGAACGCGUUUCCGCAGGAUCGCGAAAAAGUCUUGAUUUUGUGAAAGAAGCUCUUGAACAAUAUGCAUCGUUUGGAUAUCGAACACUUUGUUUUGCAUCAAAAGAAAUUGAUGAGAGUGUUUACUCACAAUGGUCACCGAAAUUCAAGAAAGCUGGUGUGCUGAUUGAGGGAAGAAAAAAAGCAAUGGAAGAUGUGGCUGAAGAGAUUGAAAAAGAAAUGAGAUUGAUUGGAGCAACAGCAAUUGAAGAUAAACUCCAAGAAUAUGUACCGGAGACAAUUCAAGCUUUAAUGGCAGCGGAUAUUCACGUUUGGAUGCUCACAGGAGACAAACGAGAAACAGCUAUCAAUAUUGCUCAUUCUUGUGCUCUCUGCAAUAACAACACCGAGCUACUCAUUGUCGACAAGGCAACUUAUGAUGACACUUAUCAUAAACUUGUUCAAUUUGUUGAUAGAGCAAAAGAACUUGAACAACAGCAACGAGAAUUCGCAAUGGUGAUCGAUGGUAAAUCGCUUGUUCACGCAUUAACCGGAGAAGCUCGAGAAUAUUUCGGUCAAUUGGCUUUACUGUGUCGAUCAGUGGUUUGCUGCAGAAUGAGUCCCAUGCAGAAAGCUGAGGUAGUGGAUCUAGUUCGAAAACUUGGCGAUCACGUGGUUUUAGCGAUUGGAGAUGGGGCAAAUGAUGUGGCAAUGAUACAGGCCGCAAAUGUUGGCAUUGGGAUUUCCGGCGAAGAAGGUCUACAAGCAGCAAGUGCCAGUGAUUAUGCAAUUGCUCAAUUCCAUUUCUUACGAAGAUUGCUUCUUGUUCACGGCUCUUGGGAUUAUGAUCGAUCAGUGAAAGUGAUCCUCUAUUCAUUCUACAAAAACAUUUGCUUAUAUAUUAUCGAAUUAUGGUUUGCCUUCUUCUCGGCUUGGUCAGGUCAAACGAUCUUUGAACGUUGGACUAUUGGGAUGUUCAAUGUGAUCUUCACUGCAUGGCCUCCAUUGAUUAUUGGUCUUUUUGAUCGUCCAAUCAAUGAUGAUCAAAUGCUGAGAUUUCCCGCUCUUUACUACUCCUUUCAAAAGAGGGCCUUCACUAUGGAUAAAUUUGCCGGUUGGAUUGGUCUAGCCAUCUAUCAUUCACUCGUUCUCUAUUUUCUCACCUAUUUCUUUUUGGAUACAGGAGUUGCCUGGAGUAAUGGAAGGACGGGAGGGUGGCUAAUGCUGGGCAAUUGUACAUAUACAUUCGUUGUGGUGACAGUAUGCUUGAAAGCGAUCCUCGAAACCGACUCUUGGACUUACAUUUGUGGUGCUUUUUGUCUCAUUUCAAUCGUUUCAUGGUUUUUACUCAUUUGGAUUUAUAGCUUGUUUUUCCCGACCUUAAAAUUGGGUGCCGACAUGGCAGGAAUGUUUUACAUUAUGUGCUCUUCACCGUCUUUUUGGCUCAUGUUAAUCUUCAUCCCAACAACUACUCUUCUCGCUGAUUUGAUCAUUAAAAGUGUUAUGGUAAGCGUGUAUCCUACUCCCAGAGAACAGGCGGUGCUCAUGCAAAAGCGACACGGGUUUGAACGACUUACGAGGGAGGCGAAUUCACAAUCACACAAAGCAGUGCAUCCAACAUUGGAACAAAUGCAAAAUGAGAUCAGGGAAACACCUCAAAAUGAGAUAUUGUCGGAUAGAAAUCAGAAAAUAAUAAACACAAAGCAACAAACCGGUGCCAGUGGAGGGUUCGACAAUUUGGCAGCCGACUACGGAUCAAUCGAUAACAUCCCAGCGACGAUUCGCUCACAAGCGUUUACCCCAAACACUUCCACUGUCACUCGAAGAAGUCGAGAAGAUGAACAUAAAGCGAUACCUUUAUUAAGAAUGAAUGGGCAAACACAAAAUUAUUACGAAAAUCCGAAUCUCGACACACGCGACGAGAAUCCCUUCGUCACUCAAAUCAACAUUCGA